UCUUGUGACUCUAUCCUGCGUCCUCUUCUUCAAAGCGAAUAUGUUUCUAUCUUCAUUUGACACCAUCAGCCUACGAGAUCAAGUCAUCUUCUGGGAAUCAGAUAGCAAUCGCUCUUGGCUUCUUCCGGGAAUUUUCCUUGCAUCGCUUUACGCUAUUCUAAGGUGCACUUAUCUGCUCUGGUUCCACCCGCUCUCUAGAUUCCCGGGACCUCGGCUAGCCGCGAUAUCGAACACGUGGUACGCCUACGCUUGGCUUUCUGGAAAGUAUCCUUUCAUUACUGCAAAAGCCUUCGAGAAAUAUGGCGACGUUGUCCGAAUCGCACCAAAUGAAGUGAUCUUCAUCACGCCUCAGGCAUAUCAUGACAUAUAUUCUACCCCUAAACCGGGUCGCCCCGUCUUUCUCAAAUCAGAUAUGCACGACGAAGGGAAAAUUCAUACAAGCGUAUUUUCCGAACGCGAUCCCGAAAAGCAUAGAGCCAUACGAAGAGUCUUAGACGGUGCUUUCAAAGUUGGUAUGCUCAAACAGUAUCAACCCUACAUCGACCAGCAUCUCGCAAAGUUUGCGAACAAAGUAGAGGGUUUCCAGAAGGGAUUUAAUUUGACCGAGUGGCUCGAAUGGCUAUACUUGGACAUCGGAGGGUCGGUGACUUUCAACCAUGAUUACGAUUGCAUGGUCGAGGGUCGCGACGACCCGUUGCUCGAGACCAUGUCGGAUGUGGGAUGGUGGAUGACAGUCCGCUUCGUUAUGCUUCGCUUUCCCCUUUUCUAUCCUCUGCACGUGUUCCUAUUACCUAUCAAAGCACUCCUGAGCUAUCGCAACAUCUUACGGUCCACCGACCUUGCUAUUACUCGCCGCCUAGAACGAAGCAAAGAACUACAGGACAGAGACUACUUGUCUGUCGCUCUCGACGACGAACAGUUUUCUCAGUCGAGGGAUUUCUUGACUAAGAACGCAUCAAUUUUUGUCUUUGGUCAUGUCGAGUCAUCUGCAGUCAUAACGGCAGCGUUUUAUUUCCUGAUGAACAACCCUGUAUCAUUUCAAAGAUUGACGCGCGAGAUCAGGAGCGAGUUCUCAUCAAGUGAUUCCAUUACAGAUGAAGCUCUACGGCAAUUCCCUUGGCUCGAUGCCGUAAUCAACGAAACGAUGCGUUUGCAUACAAACGUUCCCUAUGGUCUUCCUCGGAUCAGUCCGGGAGCAAGCGUAGACGGCGACUACAUUUCUAAGGGUUGCGUAGUGUCGUCUUCAGCCUUUGCGACGACUCACUCUUCUCGAUACUUCGCAAAGCCAUGGGAGUACCGUCCAGAGAGAUGGCUUCCAUCAACACAUGAAUACUACGAGGAGGUCUUCUCUUCAGACGAUCGGAAGGCUUUCAGACCAUUUGGACUGGGUGCAAGAAAAUGCAUUGGACAGAGUGUUGCUAUGCUUAUGAUGCGCAUGGUUUUAGCGAAACUAUGUUUCGAAUUUGACCUGGAAAUGACCAAUAAGGGCGAGGUGGAAUGGAAUCGUGAUCUUCGCCUCUUCAGUCUCUGGCGGAAACCUACAGUGAGAGCUAGAUUCCACCGUAUCACUCAAAGAUAG